AACGACUCAGCACCCCGGAUGGUGAGCGCUGGGGACACCCUCGGCGGCGUGCUGAUUCCGGAGCCAGGGCUGACCCCAGCUCGACACUUUGCACGGUGUGGCCUGGGAGAAUGAGUAGGAUUUUCGCAGGCCGAAGGGAAACCCGGCGGAGGAGGGCUUCCCUCGUUAGUGUAGCAGUUUCCGUUUGCCGAGACUAAUAGUAAACUUAAUAUCUGUCGGAUGGCGCGGGGGUUCGUCUCGUUCCUGGGUUACAGAUGAAGAAACAGUGGUCUGAACCCAGGUUUAGUUACAUAUUAGCUGUGUGACCUUGGGCCGGAAACGGACUUAAACUGUCAUUUUUCUCAUCCGUGUAAUACAAAUAGAGGACUUGCUGCGUGGGGCUGUGGGAAUCUGCCAGGAGUUAAUGCAUUUAAAGUGCUUAGCACAAUGCCUGACACACGCACGCUGCAUCUUACACCAGUUACAUAUUUGUCUCCAUUGUCAAACGCAAGGCACUGCUAGAUGCUGAGAGCAACACACUGAUGCAAAAGACUUGAAACUUGCCCUUAAGGAGCUAAUGUGGCCUGAAAGUAUGGCAGGAUUUCUAUAGUGUAUCUAGCAUGAGUUCCAGAUCUUGGCAUUUUAUCCAGCUUCGACACUCUUAUCUCCACCUCCUGGAGAAUAAAUGGGAUUUGCAUGAAUUCCACAUUCUGAAUUGAAAGACAGACUGCAUUGCUAAUAGCCUUUUCUUCUGAUUGUUAAUAACAGCUCCAGAAAAUUAAAUGUCGUCAGAAGACCGAGAAGCUCAGGAGGAUGAGUUGCUGGCCCUGGCGAGUAUUUACGAUGGAGAUGAAUUUAGGAAAGCAGAGUCUGUCCAAGGUGGAGAAACCAGGAUCUAUUUGGACUUGCCGCAGAAUUUCAAGAUAUUCGUGAGCGGCAAUUCAAAUGAGUGUCUCCAGAAUAGUGGCUUUGAAUACACCAUUUGCUUUCUGCCUCCACUUGUGCUGAACUUUGAACUGCCACCAGAUUAUCCAUCCUCCUCCCCACCUUCAUUCACACUUAGUGGCAAAUGGCUGUCACCAACUCAGCUGUCUGCUCUUUGCAAGCACUUAGACAACCUGUGGGAAGAACACCGUGGCAGCGUGGUCCUGUUCGCUUGGAUGCAGUUUCUUAAGGAAGAGACCUUAGCAUACCUGAAUAUUGUCUCUCCUUUUGAGCUCAAGAUGGGUUCUCAGAAAAAGGUGCAGAGAAGGAUGGCUCAAGCCUCCCCCAGCACAGACCUAGCUUUUGGAGGAGCUGCUGGAUCCGAUGUUGACCAAGAGGAAGUUGUGGAUGAGCGAGCGGUGCAGGAUGUGGAAUCACUGUCCAGUCUGAUCCAGGAAAUCUUGGACUUCGAUCAAGCUCAGCAGAUUAAAUGCUUUAACAGUAAAUUGUUCCUGUGCAAUAUCUGUUUCUGUGAGAAGCUGGGUAGCGAAUGCAUGUACUUCCUGGAGUGCAGGCACGUGUACUGCAAAGCCUGUCUAAAGGACUACUUUGAAAUCCAGAUCAGAGAUGGCCAAGUUCAGUGCCUCAACUGCCCAGAACCCAAGUGUCCUUCGGUGGCCACUCCUGGUCAGGUCAAAGAGCUAGUGGAAACAGAGUUAUUUGCCCGCUAUGACCGUCUUCUCCUCCAGUCCACCUUGGACUUGAUGGCAGAUGUGGUGUAUUGUCCCCGCCCCUGCUGCCAGUUACCUGUGAUGCAGGAGCCCGGUUGCACCAUGGGCAUCUGCUCUAGUUGCAAUUUUGCCUUCUGUACCUUGUGCAGAUUGACUUACCACGGGGUCUCUCCAUGUAAGGUAACUGCUGAGAAAUUAAUAGACUUACGAAAUGAGUACCUGCAAGCAGAUGAGGCCAAUAAAAGAUUUUUGGAACAGAGGUAUGGCAAGAGGGUGAUUCAGAAGGCGCUGGAAGAGAUGGAAAGUAAGGAAUGGCUAGAAAAGAACUCAAAGAGCUGCCCGUGUUGUGGGACUCCCAUAGAGAAAUUAGAUGGAUGUAACAAGAUGACAUGUACUGGAUGUAUGCAAUAUUUCUGUUGGAUUUGCAUGGGUUCUCUCUCUAGAGCAAACCCUUAUAAACAUUUCACUGAUCCUGCUUCCCCGUGUUUUAAUCGGUUGUUCCAUGCUGUGGAUGUUAAUGGAGAUAUUUGGGAAGAUGAGAUUGAAGAUUAGUUAACUCCUGCUCAAGAUAAGGAAAUGGAAUGGUUUACCCAAAUCUUGUGUCAAGUACACAAAAUAGUUUUGCAGGCUAUUUAGGGUACCAUUUAUGCACUCAUCCUUUGUAGAAGAUGUGGAAGAACAAGGUUUAUAUUUCCAUGUGGUACUACUGAUAAAGGCACAUGCACACGUUUUUCAAUGUAACAUAGAGAAAAUUAUAAGCCAAAGGUUAAUGAAAACUAGAGAAUAUUAAAUACUACAGUGUGCGCGAAGCUCUAAAUAGUUAAAAAGUAAAUAUUUAUUUUCUUCCCCAAGUUUUAGGUGAAGAGAGGAGUCAAGAGUUAAAGUUAGAGACCUUUUUAUCUGAAAGCAUCCCUCUAAGACAUUAGGGGGAGUCCCCUCAGUACUGCUCCUUAUGACUGGGGUAGGUAGAAAGAAGCCUUAUUAAAAUUGUACCAAGAGCCUGA